GAAAUUUUCAUUUGAAAGGUCUCUUUCUAAGCUUUCAGAAAAUCAUAAAAUUGUUGACAUUGGAUCAACAAUACUUAAGUUAAUGGCUGUUGAAAGAUGUACAUCUACAAUGUAUAUACAACAUCAUUGAUAGUUGGUUAAUUGGUUGCAGUACUUGUUGGAGAACAGUGACGAGGAUUCUCUGGAGUUUGGAGUGCUCUCUCAGUCGGACACUGUCUCCAAGACCUUCACACUGCACAACAUCAACCCUGUGCAAAUAUCCAUCAUUUCCUACUCUGUGAGUGCCAAUCUCCCGUUUACGAGUGUCCAACUGUCCUACGUACACCCCACCACUAAUGGCACUCCCCACCCUCCCGCCCACUCCACACCCCCUCACACCCUCGAACCUGAACACAGCGCCCAAUUCACCGUGACUGUGUCUAAUCCAAACACCAUCAGUACCUACAGCGGGGAAGUCAUCGUCAGCACAUCGUUCGAUAAAGUUCUACACAUUCCUGUUUAUUUCAAGACGGCCGAGAGUAGAUUGAAAGUGAGCCCUAGGGCAAUUAGUUUCAAGGGGAUUUUCCCCUACCUGAGGGCAAGGGUCGGAUUGAGUGCACGGAAUUUGUUUCAUAAAGCUGUCGACGUGACCUCUGUGAACUCUGACCUUGAUGACCCCCGGGUAUACUUUGAAGAGGGUGUGGAUGGUUUGCCACGACUGAGACCAACGGAAAAAGUUGAGAUUGGCUCUGUUGUGAUUGACCCCCUACUGGGGGACACUGUAUAUCUGAAAAAGUCGGCCAGCUCCCUCGGGUUGUGGUCCUCUAACUCAGCCCCCCAGGACCCAUCUCGAGAGCUACAGCUACUCACCACUCUGUGGGCCUCUUGGAGGGGCCUGGUGGACGAUGGACGCACAGUUUUCAAUGCCAGUAUUGUAGUGAGCUCUGUUGGAGGUGGAGAGGUACGAGUGCCUGUAGAUGUGAGUCUGACCUGGCCUAACCUGGUCAAGGAGAAGCUGGUCACACUGGAGCCAACCACAGUGGGAAACACAUCAAUUCACCGUCUCCGCAUAACGAACCCGUCAGACGUGCCCCUACUGGUUCAGCCAGUUUUCCUCAGUUACUAUACUCACCCGCAAACCAUCAUCGACUCUCUAUUGGACCGAUUCGACCCACGACUACGAAAUCUCAACUUUUCUCAUUUGUCAAAUUCCUUCAGUUUUGUAUCUAGUGCAUCACCUGAGACAGCCCUGGCUACAACGUUACUGCCUCCACACAGCAAACUGUUUGAAAUGGCGGUUGCUUUCAGCCCUAAAGUAGACCAGGAGUUGAAUACGCUGCUUUUGUUGAGGAACAACUUGACUGUGUUUGAUUACGUCAUUGUGCAGGGGAGUGGGGUUCAGGGUUCAUUUGCUAUCGACAGUGUCCAUCCCGGCACUGAACCUCUCAUGUUUGAGUUCCCCAACUCUGUCAUGGAGAACUGUCUAGCUGGUACUGUUGUGGACCCGCUAACAGACCCCCUCAAGCUCACCAAGACCUUUAGAAUGCAUAACUCUGGCUCCACCUCCAUCACAUUGCGUAUCAUUGGACUGGAGGGUGGCAGUUGUGAGGGGAGAGGCUUCGUUAUCUCUAACUGUAACAAGGACAUCACCAUUAAACCAAACCGAUCAAAGAAAAUUGAAAUAACGUUCACUCCAGAUUACACACUGACCCAAGUCUCCACCACUCUACGAUUACAAACCUCCACUGGCAACGAGUUCCUCUACCCUCUACUAGCCAUCCUCCCCCACCAACUAUUAGCGGCGUGUAUUGCCUUACAGCCUCGGCCCGAAUGGGAGAAAACACUGGCCUGGUUGUCUGUACCGUUUUGGCUGCUUGUGAUACUCUGCCUUGUAGCUACAGUAUUCGUGCAGACCAAGUUCGGAAUGAGGAGCAGUAGUUCUGUGUCCUAUAAAACUGAGGCGAAAGCAACGAAAGGCUCCGGAGAAGUAUUCGAUUUGAAGAAGUUGUCAAAGUCUAUGGAUGUGCUGUCCAAGAAGGUCCAGGAAUUAGGAGAGAAAAGUUCUAACCAGAAGUCUGAGUCCACUGGUCAAUCUAUGAAAAUUGAAGUAACUCGAGAGCCUCCUAAACCCUCUACCGAUAAGAACACUCCCGUAUCUAAACCUAAGCCUGAGCCGCUAGUAACCCCCACUACUGCUCAAGAAAUACCCACUCUCAGACAUCGUGUGGUACAAAACAAGAUCGAGAGAAAACCAUCAUCACAGGAAACUAUCACCUCAUUGCAACCUGUUCCGUCUAGAUCACACACGGCUGUUACUUCCACGCCGAAGGGAAUGUCCCUCAAGAUCCCCAUUGCUCCUGUUAUUGAGCCGAGUGUCAUCUCCCCACCUAGAACAGGCACGGACAAUCACACUGGAGCUAGAGAGCAGACCCAACCUUGUACUCCAACUACCGGUGCACCAGCGCAACUCUGCUCAUCCCCUACCAAACUGAAGCGUAGCAGCGAGAAAACCAUCCCCGAAAAAAGCGCGUCCAAAGGCGAGAUCAUUUCAAAAACACCCACGGAAACUAAUCCGAGCUCUCUACCAGCGAAUGUGAGAAAAUCAAAAAUCGUACGAAAAUUGAAGCCUCUAAAGAUAACGCCUGAUAGUUCACCCCUCCCCCCGUCCGGACGGAAGGAGCUGGAGAGGAAGGUCUCGGAGAGUAGCAUUGUUUCUAGCAACAGUGAUUCGGCAUCUACGGGUACCGACAAGUCGGAGGAAGUGAAAACACCUAGCCAGGUGGUAACUGUGGUAGCUGAAGUGAAGAAGCCUCCACCACCUGUCACCAAGGAGCCCAACACUGGCCAAACCAUCCAUCCUCCCGACACGCCCGAGAGUACAAAGGUCAUGUCACCAAGAACAGAACUGAUCGACAAAAAAGAACCGCCAAUUAGUACCGUUCGAAUGAAAGGAAAGAGGAAACCUCGACAACAGAUCAAAAAAGAGGAGAAAGCUCGUAAAAAGGAGAGAGGGAGAGACAAAGAACGAGAGAAAGAAAAGAAUACGGACAAAACAGACGCUAAGCAACUAGUUGGUUCAUUUAAAGAUUCCUCUUCGUCUAAUUCCACUGAGCAACUUGACAACGACAGCACACCUCCUCUUGAAGAUACGGUACAAACUGAAACUGAAACCAACGUGCAAUGUGUCAAAACUACUGAGAAUGAACUCAAUAAACUAUUAGAGACGACUAUUAUCGACGUAUCCCCAAACAAGGGCAAUGAAAUACCGGUACUCGUGUCCCCAGCUGUUCCCAGUACUGCCAUCAAGACUGGUCGUACAACUAAGACCACAAAACAAGAAACUAAAGAGACGUUCACUGACUCGUUUUCAAGAACACCAGAUCAAGCCGCCACUUACGGUACUAAGAAUAUCAGUACUGGCAAAAAACCUUCCGAGAAAAUUAAAUCACCCGUUGUUGAGAAGAUCACACAACUAGUUGAGGACAAUCUUCUCGAACACCAGCUGAAAUCAGAUGAGAACGUUAGACAGCGGCCACAAACUCUGCAUGUUGUACCUAUCAUAAGGAGCGAGUUGAUUGAAGAACCUGUUAUCGUAAUUCCAAUGGACUCUGAUAGCUUGGUUGAAACGGAUGGUGUGACACAUACUCUACUCAGUGUGGACUCUGGUAAAGGCAGUUCUCAGAGUCUGCCCACUUCUCCUCACGAGCUGGCUGCUUCUUUACUCUCCAAUAACUCGGCCAUUAUGCGUAGGAAGCAGAAGAGCGAUCGUGACAAACCUGACGAUGGACAGGAAGAUGAUGACUACCAACUCCCGGAACAAGACGAGCAAAGUGAAACUGAAAUGACGAAACCAAUUGAAGCACCACUGAGUCCACAGAAAGAUGAAUCUUCUCAUAAUUCAAGCGACAAUGAGUUCAAGCCGCCUCUAUCUACACUCUCCCUGAACGCAGAACCAUUUUAUCCAUCUCCAACUUUUGCACCGAAAUCUGGCCCAAGUCUACGAGCAGAUCCGAGGAAAUUUGGUCCCGACCACAACUCCCAGCCCAGAGGACCACCCCCUGGUUUACCACCAACUCCUGAUGAUGCCCACAUGCGUCCCUACCCUGAGGGGUCGUACUUUAAGAGACCACAUCCGUUACGAGGAGGCAAAUCGAUGACCCCCUCACCACCUUUACCGUAUUUCCCCGAGGGAUCGCAUAUGCCGUACAGUGACUAUCCCUCACUUGAACACCACAAUCCAAUGGCAAUGGACGAACCGUACAGUGGGCCUGAGGACUUCCCACCGAUGCCUAUGGGGCGUCAUAGUCGAGAGCACUAUCGUGGUCGCUCACCAAUGAUGGCACCAAAGAGCGGACAUGGCAGACAACACAUGCAUCCGAAUAUGGAAGCGUAUAUGCAUCACCUGUGCAUGCAGAGAGCACGAGAGUACAGCUAUCGUCCACAAGGACCGUGGGACCACCACCAUCACUCACACAGGCUCCAAGUGCCACCCAUGGAGGAGGGGGGAGUAUAUGACCAGCAGUAUUUGAGAAAGAGACAAUACAUUAUGAAACUUAUUGAACGGGAAAGAGCUAUUGCUGCUAUGGAAAGAGAUCAACCUAGUCCCCUGCCAAGUUUGGACCAGAUGUUAGCCCCUCCUCUAUUGGAUCGAGAGGAUGGGACAAUCCAGACUUCAGCGAGCAGUCCCCGGAAGACCCUGACUUGAUUCCCUAUCGUCAAAGUAAUCUAUUGCCAGAGAGACCAAGAAGGAGCCGUACUUACAGCAUGGAGAGUGAUCUAGGAGGAGAGUUUGUGACUGAUUUCCCUGCUGUCUCGGCCGUGGGUGCUCCGGGUCAACAGUUCUCGUCUCGCGGGGAGAAGGGCUCUGUCUCCAGCAAGAGUCUGGCACCAGGAAGGUCUAGGAGUGCUGGCUGGCCUGCUGGGGAGGGAAAGAGCACCAGUCCUAACUGGGACAGCCCCAACAUGUGGUCAACAGACACUGCUCCAUUCUACAGUAAUGACAUCACCUCCGAUAUGAGCCCCCUACCUAUCAACAGUGGCACCACCGACCCAACCUCACCCUCCGAGGACACCACACUCUCAACCACCACCUAUGACCUCUUUGAGAACCAAAGUAUCUGGAGCCUGAGCAACGCUGAUAGUUCAACACUUCUUUCCUGGGCCCAACAGAAAUCUGAACCCCCACUAAGCAAGACUGAGUAAAGCCCCCUCUGACCUACUGCAACGAUUUGGACUAUGAAUUUUGGAUAACGAUUUCAACUUAACCUCAUUUCAAUUGAGUUGUCUGCUAUUAGCUCUAGUAUCAGCAUUUUAGCGAGUGAUUAUCUAGCCAGCUAUCUAGUUUAUUAUUGUUAUCGUGUAUAGCUACUAGUAGAUCGUUCAGUUGUCAUUUUGAGAGCUGUAUGUGUUUAGUAGCUAGCUGAUGACAUUAUUGUGUCUUGGCAUUAUGAAUUAACCAUUAACAA